CACAUCAGACACAAUCACGUGUUGCUGUUAGUGGGUGAAACAUAUGCACACUUCCUACUGAAUAGUUAGAGUUCACACGAACCUGCUGUGAGAGUCUGUCAACAUGUCUGCUACCUGGUUAAAGCUCAUAACCAUCUUUUGUCUCUCCUGUGGCUCAGAGAGCGGUGGAGUGGUAUACAGAAACAUCGGAGAGUCCCUCACUAUCCAGUGCAGAUCUAAUGAGACAGACGAAGAGUUCCUCCAUUUGAAGAGAGGUCUCAACGAGGAUGAUGUUUUAGUCAAGGAGCACAAUUUAGAGCCAAAGGCCAUCUCCAAAGAAUUCACUGGCAGACUUCAGUUAAAUGGAAAAUUUCCCAACAUAGACAUCCUCAUCAAGAACGUGACUCUUCAGGACUUGGGGCCGUUCUGGUGCAUGUACUCAAAGUUUGUCAAGAAGACCAGUGAGUACAAGAUGAAUAAACGCUCGGGGUCUGUGCUCCUGGUGGUGACAGAUACAACGGAUACAACUUCUACAACAGUUAAAGGCCACGGCAAGUGUGAAACAGGACACAACGACCUGAUCCUGGGGUCUAUUGUGAUCUCUGCUGUUGUGCUGCUUGGCGUCGUUAUGAUCUUCUUCAUAUGGAUCAUCAAGCAGAAGAGUCUGCGUAGCACAGCGAAACCAAGAAGCGUCCCCACCAACGAUGUUUAUGAAGACAUGCGUGGAACACUGAAGCGCUAAAGUUGGCAGCAUGCAAACAAACAACCUGAAACUCCAUCUGUGCACCAGUGAAGUGCAAGUGAUGCAUGUGAAGCGAUGGUGCAACUCAUCAAGCAAAUUCUAUGACAUCUCUUCAGGCCUUGUGGAUGACUGAAAGACAAUUAAGACAAAAGGGGGGCCUGUGCUGCUUGGCACAAUGUAUGAAAAAACAUAACACAGCUCCAUUUGAAUUUAGUAAAGCACAUAUGUCAGUUUGACUUGUCUUAAAAAAAAUGCAAGCUGCACUGUGUCCCCACAUGGCCCUCUCGUGUGAUCCUUAUAUGUAUUUUUACUGUAAAUAUGUCUGUUUUUUAAAUUUCUGACAUUUUUGUUUUUAUAUUUGCAGAUGAUGUAUCAUAUUGCUAAAGGAAUGGUUAAUCUGAAUACCAUAAAUGGUCGAUACUGUGUAUUGUAACAAUAACUGUGAUUUAAUAAAUAAAUAAAACAACACA